UUCUUCAAUCGCGAUCAAUCUCUCCCUCUCUCUCUCUCUCUCCAUCUCUUCGCUCCGCAUCGCGCCGGUCGUGUUGAACGAUCGAUUCCGGCCAUGCUCAGGCUCAAGCUCAGCUGCGCGGCGGGGCUGUGCCUCGCGGCGGCCCUGGCGCCGAUCCUGCUCGGCCUAGCUCUAGAGCGCCGCGGCGGCGGCGGCGGCCUCGCCUGUUUCCGCUUCGAUUGCGUGCGAGUCUUCGUGUCUUCGAAGUCGUCGUCGUCGUCGUCGUUGUGGUGGUUGUUGUUGUGGUUGUCGUUGUUGUUGACGGUGUGCGUGGGGUUUUGUGGCCUGUUCAGCAGCUUACUGCACUUUAUGCUUCCUAGAAAGAGGGCGGGCGAAGAAGGAGAGGUCGUCGAAGGCGGAGAAAGCGGAGGAGAGGGAGUCGGUAGCAGCAGCGGCGCCGCCUCGUCGGCCGGCGUCUCCCGCCUCAAGAAGAACCGCGUCGGCUGCUUCGAACCUCCCGAGCUGACCGCGACGGGAAACGGCAAGAGCAACGCCGACAGCGGCAACGGCAGCAGCGGCAGCGGAGCGCCGAUCAUGGCUCUGGGGGGCUCGAUGCCGACGGAUAUCGACGAAGAUCUGCACAGCCGGCAGCUUGCGGUUUAUGGACGCGAGACUAUGCGGCGGCUCUUCGCUUCGAAUGUCCUGGUCUCAGGGAUGCAAGGGCUCGGCGUCGAGAUUGCAAAGAAUCUUGUUCUUGCUGGUGUCAAGUCAGUGACCUUGCAUGAUGAAGGUGUGGUGCAACUGUGGGAUUUGUCAGGCAAUUUUCUCUUUUCAGAACGCGAUGUUGGUAAGAACAGGGCACUUGCCUCGGUAGAGAAGUUGCAAGAGCUCAAUAAUGCAGUGGUUGUCACUACUCUUACAACAAAACUGACAAAAGAGCGUCUUUCUGACUUCCAGGCCGUUGUAUUUACAGAUAUUGAUCUUCAGAAAGCCAUCGAAUUCGAUGAUUAUUGCCAUACUCAUCAACCUCCUAUCUCUUUUAUAAAAACUGAAGUUAGAGGUCUUUUUGGUUCUGUAUUCUGUGAUUUUGGACCAGAGUUCACAGUCUUUGAUGUUGAUGGAGAGGAACCACAUACAGGCAUAAUUGCAUCCAUCGGCAAUGACAAUCCUGCCCUAGUGUCAUGUGUAGAUGAUGAAAGGCUUGAAUUUCAAGAUGGUGACCUUGUUGUAUUCUCUGAAGUUCAUGGUAUGACUGAAUUGAAUGAUGGAAAGCCAAGGAAGAUCAAGAGUGCCAGGCCUUAUUCUUUUAUUCUUGAGGAAGAUACCACGAAUUAUGGAGCUUAUGAGAAAGGUGGCAUAGUAACCCAGGUGAAACUGCCUAAAGUGCUGAAGUUUAAUCCCCUUAAAGAAGCUAUAAAAGAUCCGGGUGAUUUUCUUUUGAGUGACUUCUCCAAGUUUGAUCGUCCUCCUCUCCUCCAUUUGGCCUUUCAAGCUCUUGAUAAGUUUGUGUCAGAGUUUGGGCGUUACCCUGUUGCUGGCUCAGAAGAGGAUGCUCAGAGGCUUAUAUCUGUUGCCAAUAGCAUAAAUGAGAGCUUGGGGGAUGGGAAAUUGGAAGAUAUCAACCCAAAACUUCUCCAGCACUUUGCUUUUGGUUCUAGGGCAGUUUUAAAUCCAAUGGCAGCCAUGUUUGGGGGAAUUGUUGGUCAGGAGGUUGUAAAGGCAUGCUCAGGGAAGUUCCAUCCACUCUUUCAGUUUUUCUACUUUGAUUCGGUGGAAUCAUUGCCGACAGAACCACUGGAUCUUGAUGAUCUUAAACCUCGGAAUAGCCGUUACGAUGCACAGGUUUCCGUGUUUGGGUCCAAGCUGCAAAAGAAAAUGGAAGAUGCUAAAGUAUUUUUAGUAGGAUCUGGUGCGUUGGGCUGUGAAUUCCUAAAGAAUAUUGCCCUCAUGGGCGUUUCAUGUGGCAAGCAUGGGAAGCUGACCGUCACCGAUGAUGAUGUAAUUGAGAAGAGCAAUCUCAGCAGACAGUUCCUGUUUCGUGAUUGGAAUAUUGGACAGGCCAAAUCUACUGUUGCUGCUUCAGCUGCAACAUCAAUAAAUCCCCGUCUUAAUGUUGAAGCUCUGCAGAAUCGUGUUGGGCCAGAAACGGAGAAUGUUUUUGAUGACACUUUCUGGGAAAAUCUGAGUGUUGUGAUCAAUGCGCUAGACAAUGUCAAUGCUAGGCUUUAUGUUGAUCAAAAGUGCUUAUAUUUCCAGAAACCACUUCUUGAGUCAGGAACACUUGGUGCUAAAUGCAACACUCAAAUGGUUAUUCCUCAUCUUACUGAAAAUUAUGGUGCCUCAAGAGACCCUCCAGAGAAACAAGCACCAAUGUGCACUGUGCACUCUUUUCCACAUAAUAUUGACCAUUGUCUGACCUGGGCUAGAUCCGAGUUUGAGGGUUUGCUUGAGAAGACUCCAGCUGAAGUGAAUGCUUAUUUGUCUAAUCCAGUGGAGUACACCAAGGCAAUGAUCAAUUCUGGCGAUGCGCAGGCAAAAGACACUUUGGAACAUGUACUUGAGUGCCUUGACAAGGAAAGAUGCGAGACAUUUGAAGAUUGCAUCUCCUGGGCUCGUCUGAAGUUUGAAGAUUAUUUCACUAAUCGUGUGAAGCAGUUGACAUAUACAUUUCCUGAAGAUGCUUUAACAAGCACUGGAGCUCCUUUCUGGUCUGCACCAAAACGUUUCCCCUGUGCACUUCAGUUCUCGGUCUCUGAUCCUGGGCACCUUCAUUUUGUUAUGGCAGCAUCGAUACUGAGAGCAGAGACCUUCGGGAUCCCUGUUCCUGACUGGGCUAAAAAUCCCAAGAAAAUGGCUCAAGCUGUUGAUAAAGUGAUCGUUCCAGGCUUUCAGCCAAAGGAAAAUGCAAAUAUUGUGACAGAUGAGAAGGCGACCAGUCUCUCUACAGCAUCUCUUGACGAUGCGGCGGUUAUUAAUGACCUUAUCACAAGAUUAGAGCACUGCCGCUUGAAACUUCCUCCAGGUUUUAGAAUGAAACCCAUACAGUUUGAGAAGGAUGAUGAUACAAACUAUCACAUGGACUUGAUAGCGGCAUUAGCCAACAUGAGGGCUAGGAACUACAGCAUUCCAGAAGUGGACAAACUUAAAGCCAAGUUUAUUGCUGGACGAAUCAUUCCAGCCAUUGCAACCUCGACCGCCAUGGCCACUGGACUUGUCUGUCUGGAGCUGUACAAGGUUCUCGAUGGAGGGCACAAGGUGGAGGAUUACCGCAACACCUUUGCUAACUUGGCACUUCCACUAUUCUCCAUGGCUGAGCCGGUCCCACCCCAAGCUGUGAAACACCGUGAUUUGACCUGGACUGUUUGGGAUAGGUGGAUCAUCAAGAACAACCCGACUUUGAGGGAGCUUAUGCAGUGGCUUCAAGAUAAGGGCCUAAAUGCGUAUAGCAUUUCUUGUGGAAGUUGCUUGCUGUACAAUAGCAUGUUCCCUAGGCAUCAGGAGCGAAUGGACAGGAAAGUAGUGGAUCUGGCUAAAGAAGUAGCAAAGUUGGAAGUCCCUUCAUACCGUCGCCACUUGGAUGUCGUGGUAGCGUGCGAGGACGAUGAGGGCAAUGACAUUGAUAUCCCUCAAAUAUCGAUUUACUUCCGUUAGGCUCUAUUCUAUCCUCUCCAUGUCUUAGGGUGGUCCCAUGGCGGCUUUGACUUUCCUUUAAAAAUUCCUUGAGUAUACGAGGUGUCCCCCAAAACGUUUUAGUGUAAGACAAGAGUAGGUCACAGACAUUUUACACUGAUAUGAGCCAUUUGAGUACAAUGUUGCUUCAUUCACCA